AUGAACAAGGCCUUUGGCGAACUCGGUUUCCAUCCGCGGAGCAUUCAAGAAACUUUCAGACAACAGGCUCAGGCUGAGACACAUCGUGUGGUGCAGCUGGAUCCAACGCCAUGUAUUGCCUCCUGGCCCAGCGAGGCUCCAGGCCAAUGGCUGCAGCCAGACGGCCGACGGGCAGAGGGCUUCAGAUCAAUGGAGUACUUCAACCCGGAUUGCCGCUUCGAACCUGGGUCGAAUGAUGAUCUGGAUUUAUCCUCGGAGGAGCCUCUUUGCAUCCCCCUUUUCCUCUGGACCUGA